UUGGCAAACCGUGUCCUCAGCCUCACGCUGUUUGUGUGUGAGACUCAAACCUUGAGAUUAAAAGCUGCUUCUUUCUCUGGGUGAGUGUGUGAGAGAGUCUGUAUGUGAGUGAGUGUCUGCCUGUCUGUAGGCGGUGGGAUGUCACACAGAAUGGUGGACCUUCCCGAGUCAGUGCUUCAAGCAGAGUGCUGAGGAACAGGAACAGGAGCAAGGAGAGAGCGUCUCCUCGUCAAACAGAGAGAGAGAGAGAUCUUUAAAAAAAAUGCAAUCCAAUCGUCCCAGGAGCAUGCUGCACAUAGUGGAAAGAAAAUAUCUAAUAUAGGAAGAAAACUACAUCACAGCCACCCCAGUACAAACAGAGAGAGAGAGGCUCGUGCUGCAGACGCGCCUGGCCACCGGGAAGGAGUCGGGCUCUGAGCCACGGUGACAUUGGGUUCGGAAAGGGGCUGAUGGUCCAGAGGCCGACACAGGCACAGACAGAGACACACAGAGAGAGAGAGAGAGAGCAGCCCCCACCACCGCCGCCCGCCGCAGGUUUUAAGCCAUGAUGGUGGAAUCUGCAUCAGAGGCAAUACGAAGCACUUCAGCCAAUCAAAAUGGAAUUAGUAGUUUAAGCAGCCAAUCAGAUGGUGGAGGGCGAGAAGGUGGCUCCAAUGGGGAAGCAAAUGGAGAAGUCAGCCCUGUGGAUCUGUUACACCUUCAACAGCAGCAGGUGCAGGCUCUUCAAGCAGCAAGACAGCUUCUACUGCACCAAGCAACAGGGCUCAACUCUCCUACGGCCAAUGACAAGCAACAGCAGACAGUCCAGGUGCCCGUGUCCGUGGCCAUGAUGAGCCCCCAAGUGAUUACUCCACAACAGAUGCAGCAGAUUCUGUCUCCUCCCCAGCUGCAGGCAUUACUGCAGCAGCAGCAGGCUGUCAUGUUACAGCAGCUUCAAGAGUAUUACAAGAAGCAACAGGAACAAUUACACCUUCAGCUGCUAACUCAACAACAACAGCAGCAGCAGCAGCAGCAGCAGCAGCAGCAACAAGCCAUCAAACAGUCGAAAGAGCAGCUGGGGAACAAGCAACUUGCUUUCCAGCAGCAGUUUCUUCAAAUGCAGCAGCUUCAACAACAGCAUCUUCUAAACCUCCAGAGGCAGGGACUGGUGACACUGCAACCUGGGCAGCCCACAGUACCACUGCAAACACUUGCACAAGCAAUGUGUCCAGCAGACCUUCAACAACUGUGGAAAGAAGUGACCAGUGUGCAAAGCAUGGAGGACCCUCAGAAGAGUGAGAGUCUUGACCUCUCAACCAGCAGCUCCACCUCUACCUCUUUCCUAACGUCAAAGAGCUCACCUUCAAUAUCCCACCAUCCUUUGUUGAAUGGGCAGAACUCUGUUCACACUCCAAAGAGAGAAAGUUUGUCCCAUGAAGAAGCCACAGGUGUCCACCCUCUGUUUGGACAUGGGGAAUGCAAAUGGCCAGGUUGUGAAGCUCUCUGCGAUGAUGUGGGACAGUUUCUAAAGCACCUCAGCAACGAGCACGCACUUGACGAUCGCAGCACGGCCCAGUGUCGUGUUCAGAUGCAAGUUGUACAGCAGCUAGAAAUCCAGCUGUCCAAGGAGAGUGAGCGCCUCCAGGCCAUGAUGGCUCACCUACACAUGAGGCCUUCAGACCCAAAGCGUUUCGCACAGCCUCUGAACCUGGUGUCGAAUGUCACACUUUCCAAGAGCUCUUCAGACAAUUUCCCCGAAAGUUUACCUCACACGCCAACGUCAGCCGCUACCCCAAUCACCCCCGGGAGACAGGCCCCCUCGGUCAUUAGCUCAGCGAGUUUACACAAUAUGGGAGCAAUCCGGAGGAGGCAUUCGGAUAAAUACUGCAUGCCGUUAUCUUCAGAACUUGCUCAGAACCAUGAAUUUUAUAAGAAUGCAGAUGUUCGACCUCCUUUCACGUAUGCAUCCCUCAUCCGGCAGGCAAUUUUGGAAGCACCCGACAGACAGUUAACACUCAAUGAAAUUUAUAACUGGUUCACAAGAAUGUUUGCAUACUUCCGCAGAAACACAGCUACAUGGAAGAACGCUGUGCGACACAACCUCAGCCUUCACAAAUGUUUUGUACGAGUGGAGAACGUGAAAGGGGCAGUUUGGACAGUGGAUGAAGUGGAGUACCAAAAGCGCAGGCCACCAAAGAUGACUGGAAGUCCAACUCUAGUGAAGAAUGUGAUUACAGGACUUGCAUAUGGAGGAGCACUUAACCCCAGCUAUCAGGCAGCUUUGGCUGAAAGCAACAUGCAGCUACUCAACAGUCCGAGCUUAAUGAACCCAUCAGGUAGCAGCUUGAUGCAUGUAGCUCACGAUGAUGUCAGCAGCACUGUGGAGCAAGUGAACAGUAAUGGGAGCAGCAGUCCUGGACUCUCCCCUCAACAGCACGGGCACCAGGUCCACAUCAAGGAGGAGCCUGCAGAGUUGGAGGAAGACGAUCCAUCUGUCUCGAUCAUUGCAACAGCCAAUGUGAAUUCGGAAAUGCAGGAUGCGAGAGAGAUGGAGGAGGAGCUAACAGCUGAGGAAUUGGAAUAAAAUGGAACUCAAGCACUUCAACUUAUUAAAAAAAAACAAAAAAACAGGGUCAGACCUCAUAACCUGCACAUUCAUCAGAACAGCAUCUCCUGCGCUAACUCACCUAGGACCGAGAGAUCAAAGCAAGGAGCACGUUCCCUCAAAUAUCAACAGAUACUUGAAGACUCUAAUGGCAGCUUUAAUUAGCCAUUAACAAUGGAGCAUGGACGCAACCAAUUUUUUUGGUUUAGCGAAAAUGACUCCAACUUAUCAAAGCAAGACUGGUGACCAUUUUAUUAACUUUCUUCCCAAAUGUUUUGUCGCUAAAACAGAGAUGGUUAUUAGUCUUCUGGACUGCCAGGUAUUCACACACAGCUGCAAUGUGAAUAAGUAUGUAUUCACUGCUAGGGCCCCAAACAGACUUUUACAACCUGCUUUAAAGGUACCUCAAUUUGAAUUUUUUUCUAUCCAAUGCUGUAGAUAGCUCAACAGGCACAUUGUAUUCAAACAGAGAGCAACUGUGGAACUGUUUCUGGGAUAUCAGAUCCGUCUCACAGGCAUUGACAUCUGAGGAAAUCCAGAUGAAAGAUCGAUCUAUGACAGUGUUAACUUGUCUUUAAACUCUCACUGCUAUUUUAAUUUUUGUGUUCAUAUCUGGGACAGGGGAAUGGGGAUGGGGGCGGCAGGGUGGAACUGGGAUGGGAAAGGAAAGGGCCAACUUUUUAAAUCUUUCUCACGUGAGCAUUGCUUUGCAAAAGACUAAAGAUUAAAUACUGUUGACGGAGACCUAAUCAAAGGUACAACUGCGGAGACAAUGGUUAGAGAGCCAGGUAGUCAGGUGUUCGAUUCUUGCAGGCAGCAGAGGAACAUUUUAUAAAGCUAGCUCAUCAACGUUGAAGAAUAGUGCAUUGAUAUACUUUUAAAGAAAUGUGAAUUGUGAAAUGGAAAACAGAAUAUUUCCUGUUGGUUCUGUUUUGGGCUGCGUUGGUCAGCCAUCUAUCCAAAGUGACCGAGACUUUCCUUUGUCCCAGAAAACUCUUGUGCCUGCUUGGGGAGAAUCGAGGAUUGCUACUUUUCUUCACUUCUCACCGACUCCUAGUAUCGGCACUCACUGUAGAGAUUCACCUGUGGCCAAUGGAUAUUUGAGAAAAAUUCCACCAAGUCGGCAACACCUGUAGACUUCUGGGACAGAGGGAGAGAGGGCCUAGGCAAGAACAGAGGGGAAAGCAGAGAGCAGGAGGGUAUUGGCUGGCAGGGGAGAGCACAGGUAGAGAAAAGGAUGCGCAAAUGGUCUCUUUCUGUGCUAUAAAUUUCUCCGAUUCUAUGAGAGUGGGCUGUGGAGUGUGGAGGAUGGUGGGAGCAGGAUGGGUAACACAAGGCCAGCUUUCAGUUUCUUUGUGACAAGUUUUCAUGUAGCCUGAGGAAAAAAAUGAUAUGAGAUCCAGGGAGAGAGAAUUUGUCACUGAAAGGAUUUUGACAAAACAACUUAGAGAUUUUGAGGUUUCCUACUGGAGCCGGACUGUGAUGUUAUAUUCUGCCCUUCACUCAUUCUUUCAUUGCUUUGAAAUUAUGUUUUUUUUUAAUUAGUGUACACACAGUGCAAUUUCAGGCUUCAACAUUUCAUGUGUUACAGUGUUUCUCUAUGAUAAUGUUGUUCAAACUCCAUGAGGUAUAUUUAUCAUGCAGGCCAUGUUGUGAUUAGGAAUAAGUCAGUGAGGAAAACGGUUCUUGUUGGUAAAUCCCUGUAGAGUUUUGUCCCCAUUUCCUGGGCCUGGGCAUAAAGAUUGGAAAAAGGGAUUGGGACAAGGACCAAGGAAACAGACUCAAGACAAGGCUAGAGCUCUGUGAUGGAGAUCUCCCCCAUUAGGAGGAUAUACAUGAGUGAUCCACUUGUUCAAGAAGACUGAGCACAGGGUUUCUUCAAAAUAAUCUGCCCACGUGUAAGACCAAAAAUGUAGUUUUCCAUUGCUACCAUUAUGCUGAAACUAAUCCUCAAACCAUGCUGUCCAGUUAAAAUAGUUAGGGUGUCUGUAAUCUACAACCGUCUGGGCCAUAAAUCACCCCCUGUAUCCUUGUGGCCUGUGGCUUGUGGACUGUGUGGAUGGUCCUCAUACAACACAUGCCCCUCACCCAGGAACCUCAGCUCCACUGGUCCAUUUCACUAUGGGACAUUGCUAGAACUGGUAUUUGGCUCUGCCAUCUUCACUGAGUAAGAGAAAGCAGCAAAAUGAUUUUGGGGAACAGACAUUUUCCCACUGAAACUAGAAGGAACCAAUGGCAACUCAGGUGCAAAGGGUUGAUUUCCUGAUCUGAGUCUAAGAGGGUUCCUGGCUGUGGGCUUUGUGGGAAAUGAUCAGCCUUGUGAGAAAUCUUCACAGGAAAGCAACCAAAACAAAACAAUAAUUGGUCUGAAGUUUCAUCUGUCAAUGAAAGACUACAAGUGUUCUGACGACUAAUUGUCAGAAAAUUCACCAUAGCACUCUCUGCAUCUUGAGUUCAUUUAAGAAAGGAAUUAAAAUGAUAAAGAAAGAGAUGACAACUAAAUAUCGAAAAAAGGGAAAGAGAGGAGUUACUGCUUGGCACGUGUAUUGUAUUGAGCAUUAGUGUUACCAGUUUCUGAGCUGACUAACCCAGAAAGUUUAGUCCUGAUCACUGGAUACAGCCUCUUUAUUUCAAUGCAGUUUCACACUGUGACCACAACAGUCAGUCCCCACUCCCUUCUCCAUGCGUCUGUUCUGGCUAACAUUAGUAAGUUCACUGGGUUAUUCCUGUGAUCAGUCGUAUGGCACAUAAGCAGGAAAUUGCCUCAAUGUUCAUCAAAUCAUGCUGUGCUUUCUGCAUUACAGUCAUAAAGCCCUAAUGACUACAUUCUGAAUUCACACAGUUCACUUCAGUGACUGCAGUGAAUAAGAGGCUUGUUGACUGAUCAUUGAUUCACUUGUACUCCGUAAGUGCUUAUUUGAGCCAUAACCUACCAUCAAUGAAUGCAGGGUGACCAGGUGCUUCAAGUGGAGUCCUGGUGAGAUGUUGUGGUAGGUCUUUGCCAGGCAUCGUUUCAAGAAACCUGUUGGUGGAGAUGCAGUGGAAAAGUAGAAAAAGGGAGAAAUGUAACAAAGUACUUGAUGCUCUUAUAUGGAGGAGACACCCAAGUGGUCCAUUCCAAUGGGGGUAGUGCAGACGCUUGAAAGUAAGGGAUGAUUCCCAGAAUCAAAUCUGCUCCUUUUAAUUUGCAGAAAUCUCCAACUGCUGAUGCUAACAGACCCAAACAGAACAGAAUCAGAUUUCUCCACCAGUAAUGGGACAACACUAAGAUCAAGCUGUCCCUAUCUUCCAAAUCAACCCCAGAAAAUCUAAGCAGGAAAAAAAGAAUUAGGAACAUAACCAGUGCAGAGUUAUAAAGACUCAGGGAUCCAGAUUAAUGAGACUCCAGUCUAAAUAGGAGCCACGGAUCACCAGUUGGAGAUCCCUAGGCGUAUGAGAUCCAGUAACACUCUGGACGUAUGAGUUAUACAUCUUGUGAUUCUUUUUCCUCAGGUGCAGGCAGUUAAAGAUUAAUUGUUUCGAUGACAUUUUGAAACAAGGAGGGAAAAAUUGAAAUAUUAUGAGGCAUUAGAGUUUCCACGACAACACCAUUAUGAUCACUGAGUGAAAAAGGUCAUUUAUAUCAUUGAAAGUGGAGUCAUGAAUAAUGUAAUGACCACUAAUUAAUUAUCAAACCUGAUAUAUUACACAUCUCAAGCCUUCAUAAUCCUGAAAACCAAAAGAUUGUAACUAACCUGGCUCACAUGUUAAAAUACCUUGAUUUUUUUUGUCUGGCAUUGAACUUUCCAAAAAAAAUUUCGAAAACUUCAGGAAUCCUGCAAGUAUCCUGACCUCUUGUUUGUUCUCAUUUAGAGAAUUCCAAGUUUCUCUGUAUUGUCCUUUAAUAUUUAAAGAUUUUGAGGGUUUAAAUCUAACAGAGCCAGUGGUAAAUCCACAGCACUAAAUUGAACAUUAGUUUUACAAUCCACUUGAUAAUUCUCUCUGUAAACAUCAAUGAAUGUCAGCACCAGUUUCAACAUGCUCUCAGUUAAUUCUUACUUUUAGUUUUCUAAUUCUGAAUUAUCUGUGAUUAUUCAGAAAACUGGAAGAUGAUUGGGAGUAGGAAUCUCCUGGUGCAGUUUGAAUGGUUUCACACUAGUGCAAGGUCUCAAUAUUGAUUCCCUGGAUUGUAAUGUGUUCAGCUCUGGGUAUGGGACAUUCAGAGCUUGUUAUAGCACGAAAGAUGUAUUCAUGAGUCUAUGUUCCAGACUUGAUGGGAGUACUUUGUGGUGAGGCAAGACUGAAAUGUUGGUUUCGUAUUGAACUAAUCACCCCUUGGAACACUGCACCACUGUUUGCUGAAUUUAUCCUAUUAUUAGAAAAUAGAAACAGGAGGAGGCCAUUCAGCCCCUCGAGAUUGUUCUGCCAUUUGCUGCUUAAUUCCAGGUUUCGGGUUUUGUGUAAAACAAGAUGUCAUUCCCAAAUUCACAGAAAUACUGAGUGUGCGGGUGAAGGGGUGGGUCAUUUUCACUGAACCUAGUGUGGGUCUGAUUGGUGGCCUGUAUUAUUAUCUGACCUGCUUGUGUAGUCCAUUAAAUGGGUGUAACGUAGAAUUGGACAGUGAUUAACAUAGGAAGGCAAUUAGUGUCCAAUUCAAUGUCUCAGAUUAAACAUCUCCUCCGGGUCUCUGGCACUCCCACUCCCACUCUCAGCGACAAGUUAUAAAGUGGUUCAUUUGAAUCUUUUCUAUUUUUACUAUUUCAUUUUGCAAGUAACCAAAGAUAAUUUUUUUUUAAUAUGGUAAAGGUGUCUGGUAGCCUAAGUCCUCUCCUGUGUUGGGGCUGAUCAACAGCAAAAGCUUCACAAAAUUCCAGCUCACUUUUCUGUUGAGCUGAAGUGAACGACAAUGUCUGAAACUCAGGCUAAUCCAACAGCUAUCGCCAAACUCUUCAAAACAAAUGGUGCAAAGCUAAGAUCAUAUGAGCAUAAACCCCUCUGAAAGAGGUGACAGUAUCAACUAAGAAAUUUCCACAUUGCAAAAUUCAGAACACAUAGUGUCUGAUCUGCAAAGUGAGCUAGUGACCAUGACUGAAACAAAAAGGAAUGUGUUUCUUUGGUCCUUGAUUAGAAGCCAGCAAAGUUUUGAAACUUGUUAAUAAGAAACAAUAAAUUCAAAAAUAGAAUCACUCUUAAUUUAUUCAAAAAUUGAGCUUAAAUUUUCUGUAUCGGACUAAGUUCUGAUACUGUGCCAAAGUUUAAACAUUUUAUUAUUUAUUGUGCUUUUGGCGUAUAACUUUUUUGAAAACUCAUUCUUUGAGAGAAAUUGGAAACCUAAAAUGGGCAGAUUUUUGUAAAUCUGGGGUCAGAAAAAUAACCAUUCUAAGAAGCACCAAUCCUCAGGUAUGCAGAUAUUGGACAUUUGUUUCAAAACUAUUUGGGUGGGAAAGAGAGAAAAAAGAAGGGAAUCAUUUUCUCUCCAGUGUUAAGUACCCUUUCUUCCAUGGAAUGUGGGCAUCGCUGACUAGGCUGGCAAUUUAUCACCCAUCCCUAAUUAUCCUGGAGAAGAUGCUGAUGGUGGUGUUUCCAUCUAUCCAGUCAUUGACCUACAGGGAGGUUGUGGUUAUGGGUAAGGAUGGUACAAUCUAAGGAAUCUUGGUGAAUUUCUGCAGUGUAUCCUGUAUAUAGUACACACUGCUGCUACUGAGGGCCAGCAGUGGAGGGAGUGGAUGCGUUGCAAUCAAGUGAAUUGCUUUCUCCUGGAUUGUUCUUGGAGUGUUGUUGGAGUGAUACUCAUCGAGGCAAGUGGGGAGUAUUCCAUCACACUCCUGGGCCAUGCCUUGUAGAUGGUCACUGUCACCCAUUUUACAAUCUGCCUGCAAUGAGUUUUCAAGAUUCACAUCAAGAAACAUACGCACAGACCCCUAUAUUCCAUGUUCAUCUUUCCAGGUGAUGUGCCCAUAUUUGCCAUCCCUGUUGAUUGGUGGGUUCUGUUGAGUAUGUAGAGCAGGACACUGCAGGUUACUGAAUUUUGGCUGUUACUGACUUGGGAUUCCUCCUCCUCACAUUUUCUCUCUGCCUCUGCUAUCCUGUUGCUUUCCAGGCAGGCUGCACUGUUUUUGAAGCGGCUGUGCCCAGGUCAGUGACCCUGAGCAAGUUUCACCCAGGACUCAAAAUCAAAUCUCCUCAGAAAAACCUUCCGAGGGCCCUUGUGACACUUUGUUUGACCACCCAGACCCAACAUCUCUGUAAAGAUUUGCUUUGGUCAUUCAAUGUCAGGCACUGUGGCUAUGUGACCAGUGCAGCUCAGUUCUCGCUGUCUCGGUACAGUGUGGAUGUUUGAUAUCCAGCUCAGGGUCAGGAAUUGUCUCCUGCCAUCUCAGCUUCACAACUUUUGAAGGCAGCUCAAGAGGAAGGGUUGGAUCUUCUUGGUGUGAUACGGGUACCCAGUCCAAGGCUCACAUGGUUGGGGAGCAGAUCGGGCAAGGCGAUUUCUCGAUAGUCUUUGAGUUUGGUCUUUACACCGACUCCCCUGCAUUCCCAGAAUGAGUUUUGGUGUCUGUCAAUGACUAUACUUCCUUUGACAAUUUCUCCAUGUGUCUCCUGGUCAUUGCAGUGAGAGAGUAUAUUGCCAAGGUCAUGGAGCUGUCUACGGUAACAACUUACGGCCAUAGGUGAAACGUUAGAGUUUAAAGUAGAGAUUUCUUGGAAUAAGCUGCUACAUCAGUUUUCUAACUUCUUAUCAUUAGGUCAAAGUCAAUGCUACACAGCUCCACAUUUAACUGUGGAAUGAAGAUCCAUUCUCAUGCUUAUGAAUGAUCACUUAAACAUGUUCUCUUUCUUUUAACUAAAUUUCAUUGUUUCAGACUGAGUUGUAAUCUGAAUCGGGGGAUUGUUUAUUGGCCUAUUGAGAAGUGGUCAGUGAAAUGACCACUUUACUAGCGUCUAGCUAUAUAUAUCAUGCUCUGUGUUUCAUAAUCAUUAUAAACUGAAUGUUUUGCACCAUAAAUGUAAUAGAACUUGUUUCUACCAAAAGAUUCACUUUAUCUUGUUUUUCUCUCUGCAAAUACUUUUGUUCCUCCUAUUGAUGCACCCUCAGCACCCUGUUCCAUGGCUUAUGUGUGGGUCAGAACAUGAACUCAGCCAACUUGUAAACAACUAAUCACUGAUUCCAACUACUGACCAAAUUAGUGAUUCCAUUAUCCCUGAAUUAACAGACCACAAGCCAAUGUAUAAAUUGGAUCACUGACAACCCAGAUAAAAGACUGGCAAUUAUUAACAACUUUCCAUUAUAGAAACUGGCCAGUUUACAUUCCCUUUCAAACUGGUAGGAUGCACAAAUGAGGCAGUUCUCCUAAGGGAUGCACUCAAGGGAUGGCUGUUCCAAAAUUUCAUUUUCACCAUGUGGUGAAAAGUUAAAAGCUAAUCACAUUUAGUCCUGAUUGGGCUUGGUCUUUAGUUUUGAAUAUUCUAAAAAUGUAAACUGAUUAAAUGUAUGUAGAAUCGAAGAAAUUUGCAGGGGCUUUUUAUCUCACUGCUAGCGUGUGUUAGUUCUUCAUGAGGAGUCUCCAGUUCUAGUUACGUUUCAUUGGCCUUUCCCUCCAUAUGUUUUUAACUUUCUGCCUUUAUAGACACGUCCAUUUCUCUGUCUUAGUCUCUUGUCCUUACUCUCUAUUCUUUUAAACCUCCGUCUAGAAUUUUUUCUUCCAAAUUCUUCCUUCUUUAAUCCUGUAAAGUUCAGUCAUUGUUCCAAUGAGCUUGUUUGACCAUCCAUUCUCUCCAAAGCUCAGAAGUUGGGAAUUGUACGUCUACAGAUUACUGGCUCAGAUCAUGAAAGCGGUGUUAGCGCCAUUUAGCCUUCCAAAACAUUUCAUGCAGAAACACUGCAAAACUCAGUAUUACUACCUCCUUGAGAUUUGAAACCAGGAUAUUUAAUUUUGUUGCAAUUAGGAGUAAGAUUGAAUAUGUUUUCUGUAAAAUAACCACAACCUCACACAUACUUAGGGCAUGUAACCAAAAAUCCAAAGAAGACAUCAGAGUUUAUUAAAAUUCACCGAAUGUUUUGAAAGCACCAAAUACAAGGAACCUUCAAGGAUCAGGAAUUACUUGCAACAACCUGAUGCCCCAUCUGUUAUGUGUUUCAUUAUUCUUAAGGUCAAGAACAUUAGCUUUAAGAUGUGAACUUUCAAAAAAAAUGUGUAAAAUGGCUUGAACAGGAGUUGGAAAUGAUCAAGGCCCUCAGGAGGGUCUCAACAUACCUCGGACUUCCGACAUGUAGACUUGGAAAGUAUUGAUAAGGACAGGGAGAGCACAUAGGGACGGUGAGAGUGCAGGAGGAUAGUGGAGGCAUACAGGGAUAGUAAGGAAGAUAGUGCAAGCCUUAAAGAUAGUGAGUGUACUGUAGAAUAGUGAGUGUACAUGAGGCAAAGUUAGAGCACACAAGGAUAGUUAAGGUACAUGAGGACAGGAGUAUUGCUUCCAGUUACCUAUUGCUUGUCUUUAUCUUACCUUGAAAUGAGUUGAUGUUGUAUCUUUAAUGUUCCUCUUGAGAUUUUGAAGGAAUGUUGUGCUGGGCCAGUUGUUUUGUACUGACUUGAGUUUACUUCCACCCUUUAGCAUUUACUGUUCUGGCGUGGGCAUAUUGGGAAUUGAGAAUUUCAGCUUUAGCUUAUGGAAAGGCAAACAGAAAGGGACUGAGGAACAAAGCUAUUCUGCUGUGCAAAUACAUCAUCCUGAAUUAGGAGCUGGUUCAGUGUUUGUAAUCUUUUAAACUGUUGUUAGAUCAUCUGAUCUGCCACAUACUGGAACACGGUGAAUGUAUUUUAUGCCCAUCCUCUCCUCCUGCACUUAUGGGGGUAGUAUGUCCCUUGGGAUGGAUUAUAGACUGAUGGUCCAUGAAAUAACAUAUUAUCAUGAGCAUGUACCUCAGCUAAAAAGAAACAUUCAUGAUGGUGAGAAUUUUACUGAAGGACAUGAUACACUUGCCGGUAUAAGUCAGACCCUAACUUGGGGAAAAGGCGAUCACUUUAAUAUUGUAUCUCUGUUUUAACUCUGUGCUUAUUUAAAAUGAAUCUUAACUUCCUCCACUGUACGAAUAAUGACUUGUGAAUUUUGUUCUGUUGCGUUUUUGAGCAGAAUCCAUACAGGGCGAAGAUGUGAGUUUAAUGACAUACAAUGAUGCACGGAACAUUGUUUGAGCAGCUAACUAGCUCUCUGCUGGAGCAGACUCAGAGCUGAAGGAGAAUCUUUUUCACUGCUGGGUUUGAAUGAACUAUUCCAACAAGUUCUCUUGGCUAUUUUUAAACUUCAAACUUUUACUAAUGUGGCCGUAGUGCUAUCGUUAUAACACAGUGUACUCUAGUUAGAGAAAGAGCGAGGCAUUGUAACAUUGCCUGUAUUUGAACAGAGAUCUCCAAUAAACUAGGAAUCCAACACAAGCAGAUUCAGAGAAGAUCAGAGGAGAGGUUGUCGUGGGAAGUGAUAAUGUCAUUUGGAAAGGCAUUACCCUGCAGGAGUUAAUACAAUUUCAGGGCACUAACACCUUUACUCUGUAUCUAACUCCGUGCUGCCCCUGACCUGGGAGUGUUUGAUGGGGACAGUGUGGAAGCAGCUUUACUCUGUAUCUAACCCCAUGCUACACUUUUCUGUGGAGCUGGGCGAAGAUAGAAAACUAGCUUGAUUUAAUGAGCACUUGAAGUUAAUCACUCCACAAACCCAGCAGUGACACAUGGAUUUUUGUUUUGGGGUUUUGAAAAAAUAAAUUCUUUAUUUUCGUUUUCUUCCACAUUACAAAGGAAGGAUCUGGAGACCUCAAUGACAGAACUUUCGUCAAACAAAUAAAGAAAGAAUGCUUUAAGACACAUCUGUAAUAAAAAAAGCGAAAAAAAAGUUUUAAAAGUGCAUAAUAUGAAUAUUAGUUGCCUAGACAGAACAGAGAUUAAGGAAAAACAGAGAGUUGUUUUUUGCGAUAUUUUAUGUAUGGAUGUAUAUUCUGUAAGUUGCUUGCUCCCAAAAACCUAAUUGUUCCUCCAAUUGUUUAAGUAUUGUAUGGCUUUAAGCUCUGGUUUUGAUUUUAGAUUUGCUUACUCUGCUGUCAGUGUCCUUCCUUUCUAGCCUAACUUGUGGCAGGUUAUAUAGAUGGAUAGUUUAAUCUUUCAUUUUGACUGCUUUGUUAAAUCAUAUGGCAUCUGAGUUGAUGUUAUUAACUUUUGGGGGAAAAAAUACGUAGGUUUAAAAAUAAGUGGUUUAGGUAAUGUUUGUAUAUUUAUCUUAGAAUAAUUUUGAUACUUCCCUAUUCAGUGUGUUAGGUUAAUUCUCGCAAAUAUGAAGUUUUUAAUUUUUUUUAAUUAUUCCGGUAUUCAUCAAGUGUUUUACCUCAAAGAAAAGCAUUUUUUAAAAAAAAGAUGAUAAAUAGGACCAAAAAUUAAAUAAUAGGAGUGAUAUUCCCUGUGUGUUCAAACAUUAGCUUCAAAUACUCACCAUCUCUCUUUUAGAACCUCUUUGUAUUAUUCAUCUGAAGCAGCUGAUACAUGCAUUUCCAAAGCAAAAUCUCACACCGAUAUUUUUAAAUUAGAAGGUGUGCAAAUGCAUAUUGUUGAUUUCAUGUUUAAGGGCACCAAGCAUUCAUCUCUUCCUAGUGAUGUUUGAAAUAAAACCCCAUUAAAAUGGGCCUUCUGUUGUACCACUGAAAUGGGGGAUCUCAAAGUCAGUGAAUUCAGGAUUCCUUUGCUCAUGUCACAGACUGUGAUUUCACUCCACUCCUCUCAGCUGCCUUGUGUGCUUUACAAGUUGUUGAAGGUGUCUUAGUCUUUCUCACUGCCAUGAAUGAAAAGACAAAGAAGGGAAGGAGAUGGAGGAACAGGAGGUAUGAGAUCUGAAAAUGUGGACAGCGUCAUUGAAUCUGGAGAGUGUUGAUGGUGGGGAGAGAUUGUCAGUACAUUGGGUUGCUGUGAUAAUAGAGGGGGAGGGUGAAUUGCCCUGGUCACUGUGAUAUAAAAUAAGAAACAUAUUUGUUCGAGUUAUAAAUUGAUCCAAAAUUUGCUGCCAAUGUAUCAGUGCCCACUUUAUUGACCCAGUAAAAUUUAUCUUCCUUUUUUCCCUUGUGAUUUUGCAAGUCAGAGGGACUAAGUUCUUCUUACAUGUUUUGGAAUUGACCCUCCAGUGUUUGAGAUACAUUCCCCCAAAGAGACAGAAUCCUUUCUCAAGGAUUUGAUUUGAUUUGACUUCAGCAUUCUUCUGCACCCUCUCCCAACUGAAAGGGAAGUGCUGCAUUGUCUAGCAAAGCAAAUGCCAAGCUGGCCUGCAUCCUCAACCAGUGCUUAACACUCACUGUCAGCAAGGCUUUAGGGGGAACCAACCAGUAACCUGUCUCUGGUCAGUCUCCAGCUGAAAGUUUUUAGACAUCAGAAAAGGGAGAAGAACAAAAUUGGCAAAUUGAAAUCAAACACUUCUAUUGUUUCCCACACUUUAUAGAGGAUGUUGUCUCAUCCAAGAAUCACAUUCUACAAAAUUGUUGAUUGGUGUUUAUUACCCAAAGAAUUCAAAUCUAAAAAUUAAGAAAGGAAUUUUUAACCCUUCUUAGCUUCCUUGUUUUAGUGUCCCAUGACCAAGGCACAAACAAACCUGGGAAGAACAUUCGGAUUUUUAAAAAUUCUUCUUGUCAAUUCAUCCAAGAUGAUGGAUGGCACCAACGGCAUGUACAAAUGGGAGCCAAGGGUUCUUGUGGCACAGUGCUAGUUCCUAACUCUGAGCCAGGAGGCGUAUGUUCAAGUCCUAUUGGCUCCAGCAGUGUUUAAUAACAUCCCUGAACUGGUUGAUUAGAAGCACAUACAAAUCCGUACCAGGAAUUCCAGAUGUUGUCCAAACUGAGAUGCUAAAUGUCCCAUUUGACCUAGUGCACAAAUUGUGAUUUGGAGGCAAGUUCUCAGCGAUCCAUUAACUGCAUGGGAUUACCAUAACACAGACCUCUCUUAAACCUUCAGACAAAUUUCUUGUGAUGCUGGAAUCUUGGACAUCUUUAUGUUUUAUAUUUUCUCUAAAUGUUACACAUGAAAACAUUAUAAACUGGAGUUUUUGUGACUUCGCGAAAGUAUGGCACACCUUUGGAGAUACCGCCAGGAGUGAGCACCUUGUGUCACCAAUUCCCUUGUAUUUUGUUGGUCUAGGAUUCCAACAAUUGAAUGGUAUACCUGGGGAGGUGAAGCCAUUGGCUUCUUGUUGUUUUCGCAAGAGUGCAUGGAACAUGACCGGAGGCUGAAUGAUUAAAAUAUUGACCAAAUUAAACAAAGGGUUAAACUCAACUAAUCAGUUCAAAAAGAUUUCACUUCAGUCCUCAAAAAAAACCUGGAAUGAUGGAAAUUUGACUAAAGAAUAGAAAAUACUGACAACACAAAACUGUUUAGAGAGUGACUAUUCUCCAGAACCCUCAUUUAAAAUAAAAUGUAAAGAAAUUUCAAAUGAUGAAUAUUUGCCCCUUGUGGUAAUGUUUACGAAUGAGUCAGCCUCCCCCACUCUCCAACUGUCUCCUAUGAGAUCCAGUGUAAACCUGGUUCAAGGUGUAUAUUUUUUAAAAAUGCAUUGUACAGGUUUUCUCACUGUCCAUAGUUUACUGUUUGGAAAAACCUAAUGUCACUUUCAGUCAACUGUGUCAUUUGUGAGAGUGAACCAGCAUUUCAGCUCAUUGUGGUUGUAAAAGCAUGAGCUGAAAAGAACAGACUGAUUUAAAUCAGUUUUAUAUAUUUAUUUUUAAAUCUUGUCUGAUUACAAGGUAGUCUGAGAAAUAAUAAAACUACAGCUCAGUGUAUCGACAACCAUCCAUUCAAUCGAAUGCAUUUGUUGGUUCAUUCCUUCUCUUUCUCUCUCCCACUUCCUUUCGCUCUUCCUCUCAUUUUCGUUCUCUGUUGCUUGCCUUCAUAUUUGUAAGAUGACAUUCCUGUCAGUGACCUGCAGGAAAAUGGCAAGCGUCCUUCAAACAGUUACUGCCCUUUCAGUCAGUAACAACACCUUUGGUAUAUUUGUAACCUGAUAUUCCCUGUCUGUACAGCAGACAUUAAACAAAUGUACAGUAGUUUUAGUUGCAUGUAUUCAGUACUAAUUAUUGACAACGGCAUUAUAAAAUGCAAUAAAAAACUUAUCACACUGUUUAA